AUGAUCAAGCUGCCAAACCUCACCUCACUCUAUUUCCACGGCCUAUCCAAGAGCGCUGCCAGUGACACUUUUGAUCUACCUGACGGACCUUACGAUAUCGCCGAAGACAGUUGUUCAUUCGAACACAUCUUCCUCGACAACUCGGCACUCGGCAAUCCACACGAGUUUCGGAAGGCUGUUGAAUCAGCACCCAAGUCUCUCAAGUCGUUGACGAUCUCCGCCAGUGAGGCGAAUGACAUGGACGGAUGGCUUUCUUGCGCUUCUGAGACACUCGUGCUCUACCAAACCAGCGAUCUUAGAGGCUACAGAUGCAAUUUGUACCGUCCAGAUGAGCUUUGUACACUCCCGAAGAACUUGGAGACCGCUGUCGUGGACCCAGAAGACAUAUUUCUAGAUGAAUAUGGCUAUCGCGGCUACGGGUGCCUUUACAAUGCGAACAACUGGGUCGAGCCAUUCCAGUUCUUCACGGAGCGCCAUGACAUCGACUACAUUCCUUCAAGCAUCGAGACUCUGGUCUUGCAAAGGCCAAGCGGUCGCUUGAGCGAGGCCGAGGCGGACCAGAUCGACGAUGCCAUUGUCGCCAUCCUGGCUCGCAGAUCUGUCUACUACCGCCACUGUUCGAAAUGCAGACCCAGAUGCCGCAACUAUUUUCCGCACUUGAAGGCCAUCUACCUGGGUGCGUUGGAAGAUGAACAAGAAUACGGGUCGAAGGAGCCCAGGCGAAGAGUCUGGUUCCAGAAUGCGAUUCGAGCAGGCCGUCAACAAGGUAUCGAUAUUCAUACGAGGACGACUCGUAGCCGCCCUUUCCAUGAGAUUGUAUUUCCUACUCCGCCGAAUCCUCGCGAUUUGAAGUUUGUGCCGGAAUCUGUCAAGGAGGAUUUGCGAGGCCCGCGUGCGUUCGAUGUGUACAGCGGAACGUGGGGUCCGCCGGGGUGUGGGAACUGUGGUCUUUGCAGUACGUGCUUGAGGAGGUAUGAUGCCGCAGUCUGGAAAGAGUUAGACAAGGCAUCGCAGAGGUGA